AUGCGUCGUUUCUUCCAGAAGUACUCAGCUCCGGCUGUUGCACGCCUUGUGUCAUCUGUGUCCGGUGCUUCUAUUGGUGCGACAAAGAUGCCAACUGCCGCUCCAGGGCAGAAGUCUUUCUUUAAGGCGACUGAGAUGAUUGGGUAUGUACAUUCCAUCGAUGGUACGAUUGCCACUCUGGUUCCUGCCCCUGGAAACCCUGGUGUUGCCUACAACACAAUCAUCAUGAUUCAGGUCAGUCCUACUACCUUCGCUGCCGGGCUCGUAUUCAACCUGGAGAAGGAUGGCCGCAUUGGUAUUAUUUUGAUGGAUAACAUCAAUGAUGUGCAAUCCGGGCAGAAGGUGAUGGCGACGGGCAAGCUGCUGAACAUCCCUGUCGGUGCGGGGGUUUUGGGCAAGGUCGUGAACCCAUUAGGCCACGAGGUACCGGUAGGACUGUUCACACGCAGCCGUGCGCUAUUUGUAGAAGAGCAGACAGUGGGGAAGGUCGAUGCUGGUGCACCCAAUAUAGUAUCGCGCUCUCCUGUGAACUAUAACCUCCUGACUGGUUUUAAGGCUGUUGACACAAUUAUUCCCAUUGGCCGCGGUCAGCGUGAACUGAUUGUGGGCGAUCGUCAGACGGGAAAAACGUCCAUUGCAGUGUCGACAAUUAUUAACCAAGUGCGUGGAAACCAGCAAAUUCUGUCGAAAAAUGCUGUCAUUUCUAUUUACGUGUCCAUUGGCCAGCGUUGCUCUAAUGUUGCGCGUAUCCAUCGUCUGCUUCGAUCAUAUGGUGCGCUCCAGUACACCACCGUUAUGGCAGCCACCGCAGCUGAACCGGCUGGUUUGCAGUACCUGGCUCCCUAUUCGGGUGUGACCAUGGGCGAAUAUUUUAUGAAUCGUGGCCGCCAUUGCUUGUGUGUGUAUGACGAUCUGUCGAAGCAGGCUGUAGCAUACCGUCAAAUCUCGCUGCUUCUGCGCCGUCCGCCUGGCCGAGAGGCGUAUCCCGGUGAUGUAUUCUACCUUCACUCUCGGCUGCUGGAGCGUGCUGCCAUGCUUUCGCCCGGCAAGGGCGGGGGCUCUGUUACCGCGUUACCCAUUGUUGAGACGCUGUCUAACGACGUUACAGCAUACAUUGUAACCAAUGUCAUAUCCAUCACGGAUGGCCAGAUUUAUCUUGACACAAAGCUUUUUACAGGUGGGCAGCGUCCAGCCGUGAACAUCGGCUUGUCGGUGUCUCGCGUUGGUUCGUCUGCUCAAAAUGUUGCUAUGAAGGCCGUAGCUGGCAAGCUAAAGGGUAUUUUGGUGGAGUAUCGCAAACUUGCCGCUGACUCUAUUGGUGGGAGUCAGGUUCAGACGGUGCCCAUGAUCCGAGGUGCGCGCUUUGUUGCACUUUUCAAUCAAAAAAACCCUUCUUACUUCAUGAAUGCUCUGGUGUCGUUAUACGCAUGCUUGAACGGCUACCUCGACGACGUGAAGGUGAACUAUGUCAAAUUCUAUGAGUACCUACUUGUCACAAAAGACCUCAGCAUCAUGAACGGUACUGCAACUAACAAGUUCUUCUAUAUGUAUGUACAGCAACUAAACUACGUGAUUAGAUUCUUCACACUGAACCAUCCUGUGUUGAACGCUGAAGUGGAAGAGAUGUUGAAGCAGCACACACAUCUGUUUCUGCAGAACUACCAGUCCAAGAUGAAUGCCAUCAAGAGUGAGAAGGAGGUAAAAGCGCUUAAGAAUCUUCUUUACUCUUGCAAACGUGCAGUUUAA